AUGACGGAUGAGACACUGUUACCUACCUACCUACAAAAGUCUGUUCAUUAUCUAUCUAUCUAUCUAUCUAUCUAUCUAUCUAUCUAUCUAUCUAUCUCAGUCUGUUCACAUCUAUCUAUCUAUCUAUCUAUCUAUCUAUCUAUCUAUCUAUCUAUCCUAGUGUGUUUAUCUGUCUGUUUUUCUAUCUAUAUAAUCAAUAUCUAUCAACCUACCUACCUACCUACCUACCUACCAAAGUCUGUUCAUUAUCUAUCUAUCUAUCUAUCUAUCUAUCUAUCUAUCUAUCCUAGUGUGUUUAUCUGUCUGUUUUUCUAUCUAUAUAAUCAAUAUCUAUCAACCUACCUACCUACCUACCUACCAAAGUCUGUUCAUUAUCUAUCUAUCUAUCUAUCUAUCUAUCUAUCUAUCUAUCUAUCUAUCUAUCUAUCUAUCUCUUUUAAUUCAUAUAGAUCUCCUUCAAUUUUUAGCUAUCUCUAUUUUGUUCAUUAUCUAUCUAUCUAUCUAUCUAUCUAUCUAUCUAUCUCAGCCUGUUCAUUAUCUAUCUAUCUAUCUAUCUAUCUAUCUGAGAUGUUCCUGUUCAUUAUCUAUCUAUCUAUCUAUCUACCUACCUACCUACCUACCUCGUCUCGAUAG